GAGUUGACCACUCGAAGCGUAAACUAGCCUCGCGGUAACAACAACUCGACAGCGUCGAGCAUUGUGUCUCGAAGUACUGCGACUGUCUUCCUUAAGUCACGCGCUCCCAACGGCAAAACCUCCUGUUCAUAGUGAGCGACCGAGAAUAUGCGCCGCAUUUUGCUCGUUUGUUGAUCGACACCCACGGAUAUCGCAGAUAACACCGAGUCCUGUUGAUAAGGAAUAAGAUCGCGCGCGUUCACGACCGCCGACUCACAAGAUGGGGCGCACGGUGACGGUCGCGGUUUGCACGUUGAAUCAGUGGGCGAUGGACUUUGACGGGAAUCACCGGAGGAUCCUGCAGAGCAUCCAAGAGGCGAAGGAAGCCGGCGCCACUUACAGGAGCGGCCCGGAGUUGGAGAUUUGCGGCUACAGCUGCGAGGAUCAUUUUCAUGAGUCGGACACAUUGUUGCACUGCUGGGAGGUCCUGGCGAGUUUGUUGAAGUCCAGUGUUUGCGAGGAUAUGUUGAUAGACGUGGGUAUGCCGGUCAUGCAUAAAAACGUCACCUACAACUGCAGAGUAGCAUUCCUCAACCAGCGACUGCUGCUGAUCAGACCGAAGAUGCGGCUCUGCGAGGACGGCAACUACAGGGAGAGCAGGUGGUUCUCUCCCUGGACGAAAGCACGCACCGUCGAGGAUUACUUCCUGCCACGGAUGAUAUCGCAGAUCACCGGGCAGUCCGUAGUGCCGUUCGGCGAUGCGGUCAUCGCGACGAUAGACACCUGUGUUGGUUUCGAGAUUUGCGAGGAGCUCUGGCACCCGAAUAGCAAUCACAUCCCCAUGUCGCUGGAUGGCGUGGAAAUCAUUGCGAACGGAAGUGGCUCCUACUUCGAACUACGUAAGGCUUACGUCACGGUGGACCUCGUCAAAUCGGCCACCUUCAAGGCCGGCGGCUGCUACAUGUUCAGCAAUUUACGCGGAUGUGAUGGCAACAGGCUAUACUUCAAUGGCGGCUCCAGCAUCGCCCUGAACGGUUGCAUAUUGAGUCGAGGCCGGCAAUUUGCUCUCGAGGAGGUGGAAGUGAUCGUCGCUUCAUUCGAUUUGGAAGACAUAAGACAUUAUCGCAACGGCAUUCGAUCGCGAUCGCAUGCAGCUGCGGCGUCAGAGAAUUUCCCGCGUGUCAAAGUCGAGUUUGCACUAACCUCGGCGAAUCUCUUGUGGUCUCCGCCACCGCCUAAUGCCUCACUAGAUCUAUCCGACGAUGACGACAACAACAGCCAGCUGAACUUCGAGUCCCCUGAGGAGGAAAUCGCAAUGGCACCGGCAUGUUGGUUAUGGGAUUAUCUCAGACGCGCAUACCAGGGUGGUUUCUUUCUACCGUUGAGCGGUGGUGUGGACUCUUCGGCUUCGGCGUGCAUAGUAUACUCCAUGUGCCAGAUGAUCUUCGACACGAUUAAUAGGGGUGAUAUACAGGUCUUGGCGGACGUAAGGAAGAUUGUCGGCGACAGCGAGUAUACACCGGCGAGCGCGAAAGAGCUGUGCAAUCUCAUACUGGUCACUUGCUACAUGGGAACGGAGAACUCCUCGGCGGAGACCAAGGCUCGGGCAGCUGAGUUGGCUAAUCAGCUCGGCUCCUACCAUCACGGUGUGGUGAUCGACAGCGCGGUAUCUGCGGUCCUAGGGAUCUUCCAGCAAGUCUCAAGGGUAUUGCCUAAGUUCCGGAUGCACGGUGGUUCGCCUCGUGAGAACGUUGCCCUGCAGAACGUACAGGCGCGACUACGGAUGGUGAUCGCUUAUCUAUUCGCGCAACUGAUCCUGUGGGUCCGAGGUCGACCGGGCGGUCUUUUAGUAUUGGGCAGUAGCAAUGUGGACGAAGCGUUACGGGGUUACCUCACCAAGUACGAUUGCAGCAGCGCUGACAUCAAUCCUAUCGGCGGUAUCUCCAAGAGCGACCUCAAGAAGUUCCUCGUGUACUUCAGACAGAAGUACGGGAUAUCCGCGCUCGAUGACAUCCUGCAAGCGCCACCGACCGCUGAAUUGGAACCGCUGCAGGAGGGGCAGCUUGCUCAGUUGGACGAGGUGGACAUGGGUAUGACGUACAAGGAGCUGUCGAUAUUCGGGCGCUUGAGGAAGCAGAAUUGCGCCGGGCCCUUCAGCAUGUUCUGCAGGCUCGUACACCUAUGGGACCAUAUCUCGCCGAAGGAAGUGGCCGACAAGGUGAAGCACUUUUACCGGUGUUACGCCAUACACCGUCACAAAAUGACGGUACUUACGCCGUCGUGUCACGCGGAGACCUACAGCCCGGACGACAACCGCUUCGACCACCGGCCUUUCCUCUACAAUCACACGUGGAAAUGGCAGUUCGCGGCGAUUGACGAGCAGGUGAAACGACUCAGCAACGAAAAGAAACCGUAUCGGGUGUCAACGCCGCGUCACCCCGGCCCGAAGGUGCUCAACACGACCAAACAAUUGUCGUUCAGUUCGCUUUCCAAUAAAGAGUAUCCCGGAAUAUUAGUUUAACCGUAGCCGUGUAGCACUCUCUUAACAUUUUGACAUUGCAGCGCCGCGACCGAUCGACUGACCGGUUGUCGUCGCCGAAUUCGAUCGUCCACGACGCUAAAGUGCCCAGGGAGAAUUGCCGCCGGUGCGAGGCGACGAUGGGCACCGUUAGAGGAGACAGAUAUGCCGCGACAGAUUAGCUGAGCAUCUAUGCGAACGAACGAAAGAGAGAAGGGGAGAGCAUGAGAUAGCUAAAUUAUACUUUUAAGAGUUGUUUCCAAUAAAUGGUCGGAGAAACAAAAGUCUCAAUGCGUAAAUCCCAAUCUUUUCGCACUUCCUGGGACUCACUUUCCUCUUCCUCCUUUCUUUCUCUCUCCCGUCGAAGAGUCAUUCGACGUGAUCAAGGCUCGUGGUUCUCCGCCGCGGUCGUCCUCGUCCACGACGUCGGAAGAGACGAGGAGUUGCUCGAAGCGCACGGCCUAAAUUCGUUGAGAUGAAGUUUGAUCACUGACCGUGCCAUUUCAUUUAUCAUCAUCUUGAUUUUCACAUAUUUAGCAAGAAUCUCGGACGUGCGUUUCCUCGCUUCCGACGUCAUCGACCGAGAUGACCCGGACCGAUAGCAAAGGCAGGAGAGCCUGAAGAGAGCGAGCGACGCUCCGGACGGGAGGCAAGGCGAUGCAAGCGUGGUGUACAUCGACGUGCGUGUAUAUUACACGUUAAUCUUUAUUACCUCUCGCAUACACAUAAGAGCGCGCAGCCACGUUUUACCGUAGGCCACGAUUAAUAACGAUCGCUAAUAAGUAAACGAUAAUGUCCGGAUAACGCAGCCGCGCUCUAAUUUACACAAUGAGCUCGAUCGAACAGGUGGAACUUCGGAAGCUGCACACGCACUCUCUUUCACUCUUUCUCCCUUUGCACUUU